AUGGAGUCCCGUUCUCGAAGUGACUACUUCAGCGUCCUCGAUGAGGUGUCAAAAUACAACGUGCAACUGAACACUGCCGAACGUCUUUGGGCCGCCUGGUACCUUUGGAUGCAGAAUGACAUACUAGCGACCGGAAUCAUGAGCUUCGUCAUGCACGAGGCUGUUUACUUCGGCCGCAGUCUACCCUUCAUCAUCGCCGAUUUCAUCCCCUACUUCCACAAGUAUAAGAUUCAAGUGCAAAAAAUGCCCACCCUCAAGGAGCAAUGGCAGUGCACCUACGUCGUCCUCCUCUCCCACUUCACGGUCGAGCUCCCACAAAUCUGGCUGUUCCAUCCCCUUGCUACCUACUGCGGUAUGGAAUUCGGUGUUCCCUUCCCUCCCCUGUGGAAGAUGGCCAUGCACAUCGCCAUCUUCUUUGUGAUGGAAGAUGCUUGGCACUACUGGUUCCACCGCCUGCUGCACCAUGGACCCCUGUACAGGGCCAUCCAUAAAAUGCACCACUACUAUUCGGCACCGUUCGGUUUGGCUGCUGAGUACGCGUCCCCGAUUGAGGUCAUGCUCCUGGGUAUCGGAAUUAUCGGCUCCCCUAUCCUCUGGGUUUCCCUCUCCGGCGACCUUCACCUUAUCACCAUGUAUCUUUGGAUCACUCUCCGCCUUUUCCAAGCCAUUGACGCGCACAGCGGCUACGAUUUCCCUUGGAGCCUACGGCAUUUCCUGCCAUUCUGGGCCGGCGCUGACCACCACGACUUGCACCACGAGAAGUUCAUCGGCAACUAUGCCUCCAGCUUCCGUUGGUGGGACUACAUGCUCGAUACCGAGGCUGGUGUUGAAGCCAACAAGCGCCGCCGCGAGAAGAAGCUCAAGGCAAUCAAGGCGCAGAAGCAACAGUAG